AUGGCCGAAUUAUUAGGUCACAAUGGUAGUAUUAUUACUAGUGAUCCUAUCGGUGCUUCUUAUAAUCCAUUACAAGAUUAUCAAGCCCAAGUUGCAAUUACCUACCAAUCUUUUCUUCAAUCUAAAAGAACAGGAAAUCAAAGGGCGCAAUUAUGGUACACCUAUUAUUUGGGCGAAAUCUUGGAGAACAUGCUGCCAGAACAAAGAACAGCAUGUACCAAACAACUUACCAGAUACUAUACUACUGCGACUGUGGAGAACUGCCAUAAUGGACAAAACUACGAAGCUAACAGUGCCGAUGAUCUAUGA